ACACUAGACCAAUCACUAGCAGCAAACUUCACGCUGCGCGCCAUCUUGUACCCGACCAUUGUUCGUCUGUCAUCCGACAGUGAUGAACUAUCGGUAGCUCGUGCCCAAUCCGCCCUGAACAGCGCACAUAAUCAUCGAUUGACCGAGAUCCUUCGCCGCGAGGUCGUCUGAACUCCACACAGGACACAGAGACGGCUCCACCAUGCGUCCUCUGCUCGCCUGCCUGCCUCUGGCAUUGCUAUUUAUAGUUCCAACAAAUGCAGACAAGACGGCGCCAACCGAAGCAGAGAUCGUGGUCGUGGUGCCAGAGGGGGCUCCGCUCGAGCUCGCCUGCGUCCUACGGGUGGAGCAGCCGGUGGAGUGGCGGCGGGAAGGGAGCCCUAAGCUCCCUGACGAGCUGAAAGUCGCCGGAGAGAGCACGGGCGCUGGAGGACUGACAGCGAGGCUCCGGGCUCAGUAUGCGCGUCCGGACCUCGCCGGGGUGUACUCCUGUGCGCGCGGGCCGCAAGCGCAGCGCCUGCGGGUGGUCGUCGAGCCUCGGCCCGCCACGAUAGCCGCCGGUACCGCAUGCGGCUUCGCUUCGCUCGUUGCCGUAUCAAAUCAAUAAACAAACUUACAUGUU